AUGCCGAACGAAGAAAAGAUUGAGGAGGAGACAGGAAAAGUGACCGUGAACGAAGAGAAAGAGUGUGAGAAGGCUGGCGGUGAGAAAGAAGAGAACAACGAGGAGGACAGCCUGGACGCCUACUCGACAGAACCUGAUGACGAUAGCGACUGGGAUGAGAGCUGGAUCGAGGAGGCAGCCUUGGAGAAGCUGUCUCUCGAUGACUGA